AUGCACCCGGUUUCUGUUCUCACAUUCGGCAUCUUCUUAGCUGGCUACAUCACUGCUCGCUGGGACCUUGUCACUCGGCUGUAUGAGCUUGCCAUCUUUGCUUGGGACCACGGAGUCAUUGUAUGCGAUCGAUCCUACCAGUAUGGAGGAAGCUGCAGAAGGCUGCUGACACCAAGGCACUAGACACGAGCAGCCAAAGGCUUCGCGAUCCUCUCCAUCUUCUUCGUCUGCGUCCUCAUCCCCAUCGAGCGCAUUGCCGCGCGAGAGGCUGAACUGGUCUGUCUCCGAAGCCUCUUUGAUGACCACAACAAGUCGACCUGA